AUGAAGGAUAGAUGUGUGGAAGACGAUCCACAUUACUUCCCUCAGUUUGGGGAAUACCUUCCCAAACACAAGUGCUCAGAUUCUGCCCAGUCGGAUGGCAGGAAUCGUUUCAUCUCUGGUCUCUCACUAGGUUUCUUGAAGUUCGACGGCGAGGGUCGAUCACUCUCGAAGAUAAUAGCGCCUGCUAGUCAAUUUGGGUGGUUCAUAUGUAACCCUGUGUUUGCUGCAAGGCUAGAACGGCACGGAAAGACAAUAACACGGACACCUUGCGGUUUUGGACAGUUCAUUGCCAACAUCCUCCUGCGCUGGAAAUAUGACAGGUACAUCUGGUGGUUGGGAGGAAUGAAUUUUUUCGGUCGGCAGGAGCGAUCACAAAGAAGAGGGGAGGAUUAG